GCAUCUCCGUCCACUCCAGCUGUACCAACAGCAUUAAUCCCACGCCCGGUUCCUGUCCUCACCCAACCACCCAAAAUGUUCUUCUUCGGCCUUGGGAAGCUCGUCUACGUCAUCAUCCUCCUCAUCAACUCGCUCGCUGUCCUCUCCGAAGACCGCUUCCUAGCCAGAAUCGGAUGGGGUCGCACACAAGGCGAUCCAGCCUUCGGCGCAACCUACGAUACCACCAGUGUCAAAGCCAAGACAAUUAAUCUGAUCGCCAGUGUUCGGACCGUUAUGCGAAUACCCCUCAUUGUGAUCAAUACGAUAGUCAUCGUUUACGAGCUCAUCCUGGGUUGAAGAAAGGCGUGCGAUUGUUUUUUAGGGGUUUGGGGAGAGGGUUUCGGAUAUACAUACAGCAUUGUUCUUCCUGCUUCCGAUUAUUGAGGGGAUAUAUUAUACUUUGUACGAAAAUGGAUUGGGUUGAAUGAUAUGAGGUUUGCAU